UCCUGCUGCCUUUACGCUACUUUGCGAUUCACGAACGCAGAUACGCUGAACGCGCGCUUGGCAUAUAGCGGUAACACUGUAGCACUUCGACGCAAUGAUAGCUUGUGGGCACUAUGCACGCUUGGAAAUUGUUUGAACCUUUAUUCCUGAGGACGCAGGUUUGAAGCGCCAUUAAGGCUGAAUAAGAUGGCGCCCUUGGACUUGGGAAAUGUAGUGCUGCGACCGAUGAGAGAGGAGGAUAUUGAGGCUGUAAAGGCUCUAAUAAAGCAAGGAUGUGAAGGGAUGGAGAACCGGCUCAUCCUGCACCUCCUUACUAGACCAUUGGUGGUCCUCCUGCUCGCCACAGUCUCUUCUGUGCUCCGCUUUGUAGUGCACUCCUUUAUGCUAGCCCUGUUUAUCCCUGUUUUCCUUCUCAUCGUAUACCUCAAGCUCACCAUCCCACGGUCCAUGGGCAUCCUGGGUUCCAGCAGACCCUACUGGGACUACCUGGGCAGCAGCUACCAUUCUAGGUCCCAACCAGACCUACCAAACCCACAUGCUGCCAAAGCCAAGCUCAUCACUGACCAGGAGAAAGCCAAACGUCGCAAGAAAGCCAAAGAGAAGUAUAAGAGCAAAGAGGCAGAGAAAGGGAAGGCUGAAGACAGGGAGAAGGUGGAUGAAGAUGAUCUAAAGGAACGGGCACGUGUUGCAGGGGAAGUGUGGGUCGCAGAGAGCGAUGGUGAGGUGCUUGGCUGUGUUGCCCGAGAUGGUUGGAGCCGGCAUGGUGUGUACCGCAUCUGUAGGCUGGUAGUGCAGAGCUGGUACCGUAGAGAAGGGCUUGGCAGGCUGCUAGUCCAGGGCCUGGAGUCCAGAGCCAAGCAGAGCGGCGUGCGCAGGGUCUAUGCUCAUGUGCCCUUCCCCUCCAACGUAGGAGAGGCCUUCUUCAGAAAACUGGGCUACCGGCUCCAGGGAGAGACUUCUGGGGUGGAAGGUGAAGAGGAGGAGGAGGAUUACGAGGAGCCAGGAAAAGGCUGGUUGGGCUUUCCAGUGACAAAGGUGUUUGUUAAAGACUUGCGGGUGUGAAUCGGCACAUUUUUUGUAACUACAGCUUUGCCUGGAAUCAUAAAAUAGUUACAUAAUUUGUGACAUUACUGAAGUAGUUUCAGAAAUACUGUAAAAUCACUACAGUGAGGGAAACCCCACAACUUCUUCAUUUAAAUUUACAAUAUUUAUUUAUAUUGUUUAUUUAUUGUGACUUUUUUCUGUUGCUUAUUUUUUUCUCUCUAUUCAAUUUAAUUUAAAAUUUGUCAUGUCAUUUCAGAUUUCAGUCCAUUUUUAUUCAUGUUGCUGCACUGUAACAGAAUAGUACUGAACUGCCAGUGGUCUUUUUGUCUAGAAACGAUAUAAAUAAAUCUUCUCUGAGACUGGUUUUA